AAAUUUCCUAUACGCUCACGACUUGCCCCGGACUUCCAUAAUCCCAGUAUGAGUGUCGUGGGGUCCAUUCUCCAGGCCAUUACUCCUCCCCAAGUUUUAGUGCCAGAGGAAUAUGAUGGUUUGGAGUACAGAUGGAAGAUGUUCGUCUUUAGGCCUGCAUAUCUCAAGACGGAGGUAUAUUUGACUGCGGCGUUACUCUUCUACGUUACGGUCUGGCUUGCUGGGAAAAGUUUAAAUCGGAGAAAGGCUGAGCGUUGUUUUACCACUCUCGAACCCGUCAUUGAGAAACAGUUCUCAAAACCCAAUUAUCGUGGGCUCCUAAGCGAUGGCUACACCGACCUGUUUACAUUCUCCACUGGAAGGCGCAAUAUCGCGUCCUUACACGUCGUCUUUACGCUCCGGCCGAUACACGACUUGUUCCUAUUCCUGUUCUACACGGCUCGCACUUUCAUCGAAUUAGACUAUAAAUUCAGAGAUGAUCUAGAGCUCGACUUUAAGCUCUCUUCUAAUGCCCUUCCUCAUGAAUUUGUUUGGGCAGUCGUGGCCAAAAACGAGCUUAGAACGGUCAAGGAUGAUCGCUGGGACUUGACCUUUACGAAGACAUCCGAGAACCCAACGUUACCUUCUCAUCUCUCCGUCAUGUCAGAAUUUGCCGAUGUCACAGAAAACAUCGUUAGGAACUCGGCACUUGUUAACGUUCUCAAGGAUCCGAAAGUCCAGCCCUACUUCCGUUCACUUUCCAUAAGUGACCAACCCCGGGACCGACCUUCUACACCUAUUUCGCCAGAAGAGCGUGAAAAACAUGUUAUCUUGAAAUUAUCUAUUCCUGCCUCCUCUCGCUCAGAUGCUAUCGUGCCCAUAGUUCAGGAGGUCUUUUCCUUCAUUGACUCCCUGCACAGCCUCAACCUGCGCCCUGAAACAAAAACAAAACUGAAAAAAGUUAGGGAGGAUUUGAACAAGUCCCUGAAGGCGGAUGCAGAAGCCAAGACGAAAGAAGCGCAAGAGCAAGCUCGAGACGAUCAGAAAGCCGCCAAACGAAAGGCAGAGGAAGAAAGAAUAGCGAAACUCCCUGCAGCCGAACAGCAAAAGAUCCUCGAACGAGAGAAAAAACGCUCCAUUCGGAAGCAGCAACGGACCGUUAGAAAAUGAUACCGGCUAUUUAUCAUUGCUUAUAAAGCAUGCGACUAUGUGGGACGACUUGAUUGGCUUGUCAAAGGCUAUCUUGAAGCGGCAGGCUGCGUGCCUUAAUUGUACAGUUCCCGUUACACUCCCACAAUACCAUUGCUACCGAUUCAGUGCCCUUUCGCCUUUAAGUGAUGCAAACUGACAUCCGUGAGUUCCUCCAACGUCAAUAGUUUCCGG